AUUUGAUUUUUUGAAUCUUGGUUAUAUUAAACUUAUUCAUCAAACAUUACGUACACCAAUCUUCCUUUAAUCUUUGGAAAGGCAUGGAGGUAGCCAAAUUGUUGUACAUAGUAGUGGUGGAAGAUGAUAAUAAUAUUGGUCGUCAAGAUGACAUGUCAUCAUUUAGGUACACUCGUCAUGUUCUUCAAAGCACUUUGCAGUUAAUGGGUUGUAAAGCUCGUCACGCCUUCAAGAUUAGUCAAAGGGUAUUUGAGAUUACGAGAACAGAAUGCUCAGGGGAUACUUUAGAUGCUAUGGGUGUUAUUAAAACUGGAAAGGAUUUCCUAAAAGUCCAUCCUUAUGGUAAAGAGAAUGAUAAAGGAGAAGGAAGCUUAAAGAAUGAUAAUGAUGAUGAGAAAAUUAAGAGUAUUCCCUUUGAAUCGUAUAAGAAGCGUACAACGGUUAUUGUUAAAAGGAAGAGGUUCAUUGAUGUUGUUUGUGAUGCUCUUGCUGAAUACAAGUAUGUUGGUCCUAAUCAGAGGGCGGAUUUGGUUUUAGCUUGCAGAAUCCGUGAAAGAAAGGAGUCUGUAACAGUGCUACUAUGUGGGACGAGUGGAUGUGGCAAAUCUACAUUGUCUGCUUUGCUGGCUAGCAGGUUAGGGAUCACAACGGUUAUAUCUACGGACUCAAUUCGGCACAUGAUGAGGAGCUUUGUUGAUGAAAAGCAAAAUCCCCUGCUCUGGUCUUCUACAUACCAUGCAGGAGAGCAUCUAGAUCCAGUGGCUGUUUCAGAAGCUAAAGCCAAACGAAAAGCAAAUAAACAAGGAAAUAUCUCGCCUCAAUCACAACUCAAAAAUGGUCCAUUUGAUGCUUCAACACGACUACCUCAUGAUGGUUCUGAUUCUACCACAGUAGACUUGAUCAGCCCUAAACAAAUGGCAAUCGAAGGCUUUAAAGCACAGAGCGAGAUGGUUAUUGAUAGUCUUGAUCGACUCAUCACAGCAUGGGAAGAAAGAAAAGAAUCGGUUGUUGUGGAGGGUGUUCACUUGAGCCUUAACUUUGUGAUGGGGUUGAUGAAGAAACAUCCAUCAAUCAUACCAUUCAUGAUAUACAUCACGAAUGAGGACAAACACAUGGAAAGAUUUGCAGUACGUGCAAAGUACAUGACUUUAGACCCUUCCAAAAACAAAUAUGUAAAGUAUAUAAGAAACAUCAGAACAAUCCAAGAAUACCUUUGCAAUCGAGCAGAUAAACAUCUGGUGCCAAAAGUAAAUAAUACAAAUGUUGACAAGAGUGUUGCUGCAAUACAUGCCACGGUUUUCAGCUGCUUAAGAAGACGUGAGGCUGGAGAGCAGCUUUACGAUCCAACCACUAACACUGUUUCUGUAAUUGAUGAAGAAUAUAGAAAUCAGUGUGUGGCUAACUCACUGAGCUCAAAGGGAAUGUUUCAGUUGAUCCAAAGACAAGGUUCUUCAAGACAUUUAAUGGCUCUUCUAAAUGAUGAUGGAUCUGUUGCAAAAGCAUGGCCCGUAAAUUCUGUAGAUGCUGAUGGGAAGCCGAUCAUAGGACAUCCUGAUUAUGGACCUGUGCAGAUUGGAAAGGCUGAACCAGUUAACCUGCAAUUUGGUAACUUUGGAAUCAGUGCUUGGCCAACCGACCUUGGGUGCACCAGUCGGGCUAGUAGCGUUGACGAUUCUCGAGGCGAGCUUACUGAUAAUGGUAGUAGAUAUUAUUCAUCAUGUUGUAGUUCACCUAAGGCCUCUGAUGGGCCUGCUAAAGAGUUGAAGGAGGAGCAGUCGGUAUAUGGAAGUGAUGAAGAGGGAGAUGAUCAGCUUGAGGUGGACAGCGAUGAGGAUUUUAGCGAUGAUGCCAAUGAACAUAUGCACGAAGAGAUGGAAGGUUCAGUUGAUGAGGAGUCGACCAAAUCAGAUGAGGAGUAUGACGAUCUUGCGAUGCAGGAUAUUCAAGAAAAUGGUUACUUCACUGAUCAUGAAUUUAAUCUGAAGCAUAAUCUUCUAUCCACUACCCAACAUGACCAUGAAGACAAGUACAGUCGAAAUUUAGACCGUUUCUUGAGAGACAAAAGUGAGCAGAGCCUGGAUUCGCUGCACACCAACCCAAGUGUCAUCAAAGAAAAUUGGCUCGUGUCCUCUGGAAGCUUGAAAGUCAGAAGACGGUCUCAUAGCAUUUCUAGCUUAGGCAAGGACGGGCCACUUAGUCCCACCCUCAGAAGGAUCGCUGUUACUUUAUCUCUUGAUCAUCCUUGA